AUCGCAAACGUCAUAAUAUUCUUUUAUCUUGUGUGAAAUAAUAUAGUAAAAAUAGAAUUACUUCUUACUUUAAUUCAGGUUAUUCUUAACACCUCAUUUUUAAUAAUCAUGCCGCUUAGACAAGUUAUGAAAGGUAUGCCAUCACAAAAUCUAACAGUAAAGGGCAUUUUGGAAAACGACUGGGAAGUAUUAGCGCCGCAUCAAGAUGAUUGUAUCAAACGAUUAGGAAUGACCAUUCAGUUGGAACAAGAAGCAUAUUUGACAAUGCAUCCCGAGAUAAAAUCGAUGAUGUCCUCUUUCGUCACCAAAAUGAUACAUUUAGGGAAGAGAAAGGAAAUAUUGAAAGAAGCAGCUGAGUAUUUUACAAGACCAGCUGAAGUUCUUGAUAACGAAAUAAGAGAUUCACUCGGACUAUUACCAGAUGUACCAUAUUUACAGAAAGAUAGGAUAGUUUUUCAAUACGAAGAUGAAGAUUUGAAAGCUGAUUUAAAUAAAAUAUAUACAAAACAUAAUCCAACGAAAUUUGACGAAACUCCUGAAGAAAGUAUUGGUCAUUUGAACACGGAAUCUUCAUCGUUUAUAUCGAUUGUUACUUCCACUACCACUGUUCCUACACCAGAACCUGUCCCAACACCGGAACCAACAUUAUCGGAGACAAUGUUUGCACUUGUAUCGAAUACGGUUGACAAAGCUGUAUAUCAACAUGUUAAUGAUGAUAUACUUCGCUAUGACACCGCUUAUGUAGAACUUGCAAAAGCUGUUGAAGAAGCUAUGGAAAUACCGGUAAUAGAGAUACGAGAGGACAUAGCAGAAUUAUUUUUUACGGCAUACAGUAUGUUCGAAUUUGAUAUUAUUGCAAAAGAAAAACUUGCUGCUGAAAGAGCAUGGGAAAAAAGAAUGAGAAAGAAAUUGAAAAGAACUUUACGUCGAAUGAAUAAUUUUAGAGGUUAUGAGACUCCGCCGACACCUAAGAGUGAACCUUCUUCUCAUGAGAGUUACAAAGUACCCCCACCUCGCCCAUGCAUUUGUCAUCCGCAAUAUAAUUAUAAUCGAUAUCCUAAGGAUCGUUUUGGAAUUUAUCAACCAUUAGGUCUGUCUGAGUUUUGCGAAGGUAACGCAACUGUGACUCCAGCGAUAUCCAUUGAAGAUUUGACUGAAGCACAAGCGGAAGAGAAAUGCGACGCGAAAUCAAUAUUGAGCAAAAAGUCUGUCGUGUCCGGAAGAAGUACAAUUAGCAAGAAGUGUGCUUUUAAUUAAUAUAUUUGAAGAUAAAUAAAAAGAAAGAAAAGUAUUAGUACUAUUGG